AAAGAAAUAAACCGAAGCGUCGGGUGAGAAUAAAGAAAUAAACCGAAGCGUCGGGUGAGAAUAAAGAAAGAAACCGAAGCGUCGGGUGAGAAUAAAGAAAUAAACCAAAAUAGUGAGAAAGAAUGAAGUGAUGCUGGGCCUGAUUCCUUUCUAUUCCAGACUGUAGAUUCAGGCAGCCAAUCAGUGCCAUUCGGGUCAGGUGAUUACACAGAGUGACACGCCCCCUAGAUUUGAUCAUCAGGGCUGAUAUUUUUCACACACAUCUGUAACAUCAGCAGUGACUGUGAAAUAUAGUCACGGGUCUAAAGAACGUGAUAGAUGUGGAUUAUUUACUAUAAAAGUGGGCUGAUCACACACUGUCCAAUCACAGUACAAAUGACACAGAAGGGCAGAUGACAGAGGUAGUGUUUUGUGAUUGGAAGUAAAACGUUGCAGCGUUACUGUUUACUGCGUUUGGUAUUUGGAGAAAUCAAGGCAUGAAGCCUGCACAGUAUGACUUUUUGGAAAAAAAAAAGUGCUAUCAUUUCAUUAUUUCGACAAAAAAUGCGGCUGCUUUUUAAAAAAUUUCCGAUGCUACUUGUGGCGUUUUUUUUUCUUCUUUUUUUCUUUUUUUCUUUUUUUCUUUUUUUGCUGAAAAGUAUUCAAAAUGGCGAAAUGGCAAUCGCACGAAAUAGUUCCGCCGUGAUGUUUGUUGGUAAAUGAGACCUCCUAGCUGUACUCAUGUUCGACCCACGUGAAUCGAAGAGGGCUUCAGCUGACGUCACGUGACGCGUCUCGGCCCAGAUCUAACAUCUACGGUAAUUGGCUCCCUGCAAAACCUCAAGCAACAUAAAGGAAAACAGCACAGGGCAAAACAUCCAGAAACAUGCAUUAUAAUGAUGUUCCUCAAAUAAAUUCACUAUCAUCACAGCAACCUAAAAACAAUUCAUAAUAAAAGUAAUCAUUUCAAAAUACUCCGCAGUUCCCAGAAUAGAAAGUCCCAGUUCCUAUUUCUACACCUACAUCGUUUAAACAAUAUCAUUAACUGAGCGUGCAAGACACCUGAGCUGAGUCUGAGGAACAGUAUUUACUAACAGAAAGCCGGAGUUGUUGUGAACUGAACGCACACAAAGCUACAGUAUUUGUGAGCCUGAGGCAGUGACUCGAAGAUGCAGAGAAGCUUUCGCACGCGAGUGUAAAUGUCUGCACUCUACCGGCAAGCCACGUUGACCCUAAUAUCAUGGGGUGGUUCUGUACUUCCAGCCCAGUGUGUUUCGCUGCAUCCUGCUAAGAUGGGUGCGCAUGCUCGGCUUCGCCACCGUGUAUGGAACCAUCACGCUCAAAUUAUACAGGGUUCUGAAGGUGUUCCUGUCUCGCACGGCUCAGCGGAUCCCAUACAUGACCAGCUGGAAGGUUCUGUGCUUCUUGUGCAUCAUUCUCCUGAUUGUGCUCUGGUUCCUGGUGGCGUGGACUCUGGCCGUGUGCCAGAACCCAGACUGGCACGUGGCGCUGAUCACCAUGGGCUUCACCCAAGAGGGUCUGCAGUUCAGUAUGUGUCUGCUGGACCGCUGGGAUUACAUGAUGGCAGUGGCUGAGUUCCUGUUCCUCCUGUGGAGUGUGUAUCUGUGUUAUGCCGUGAGGACAGUGCCUUCAGCCUUCCACGAGCCACGCUACAUGACCAUCGCAGUGCACAACGAGCUCAUCAUCUCCGCUAUAUUCCACGUGAUUAGAUUUACUUUUGCAUCCGAGCUGCACCCUGAUUGGAUGCUUAUGCUGUUCUUCACUCACACUCAUUUGACAGUGACAGUUACACUGGGGCUCUUACUCGUUCCAAAGUUUCUGUUUGCGGGGACACACCUGAGGGAUGACAUAGCGACCGAGGCCUAUGAGGAUGAGCUGGACAUGGGACGGUCAGGGUCAUACCUGAACAGCAGCAUCACAUCUGCAUGGAGUGAACACAGUCUAGACCCAGAGGACAUACGGGAGGAGCUAAAAAAGUUAUACUCCCAGUUGGAGAUCUACAAACGGAAGAAGAUGUUGGCCAACAACCCUCACCUGCAAAAGAAACGCAGCUCCAAAAAAGGCCUAGGACGCUCCCUCAUGAGACGCAUCACUGAGAUCCCAGAAAGUAUGGGUCGCCAGCAUAGCCGCGAGGACAAGGAGCUGGGCGAGCAUGGUAGUAACCGUAACAGCAUCUGUGUCCUGAGGAAGAAUCCCUUUGAGCCAUCACAUUCUGCAAAACCUGCCAAGGAGGAGUCCCUGAAGAACAAGGUCUUCUCCCUGAAGAAGUCACACAGCAGCUACGAUCAUGUGCGAGACCAGAGCGAGGACUCUAGCAGCUCAGCAACUGAUAAGAUUGAAGUAACAACCACAGAGGGAUCUCUUCUUGAAACAUUGAUGGGUAAGAAGCUGGUGAAGAAAAAGUCCUCAGAAAAGAUUGACGUUGCCAGCGAGUCAACUGAGUCGGUUCCUUUGGUGUGUAAAUCAGCCAGCGCUCACAAUCUGACGGCUGACAAGAAACCUCUUCACCCAAGGACAUCCAUGUUGCAGAAGUCACUCAGUGUCAUUGCCAGUGCCAAAGAGAGGACCCUGGGUCUAACGGGAAAGACCCAGUCUGUAGAGGAUCCCAAUAAAAAUGUACAACAAAAGAACAAAGAAGCUAAAAGCCCUGUUGAAAAUGAAGAGGGCUAUACCAAGAUGAUCAUCAGCCAGUCAGUAGAAUACAAGCAGACAGCUGGCAAAGCUGGAAUAAUGAAACAUCAGGUUAGUGAAAGCCAACUGUCCAUCUGCUCUGAGACAGCGAAAGGCAAAGACGUUUACAAUAUUUCUGAGGUGUGUCCUUGGGAAUUAGAGGAUUUGCCCACUCCCUCAGAGAACAGGGUACAAAAGCAUGUGUCCAUUGCUGCUGAAGAGUCCACCACAAUCCACUCCAACAGCACCAAGGCAGCCAAACAGCAGAAACAGAAAGGCACGGAUCAUUCACCUUCAUCGAACCGACGACACAACCAGAAGCCCAUGGACAGAACUGAUAUCUGUUCUUGGGAGGACAGUAGUAAAGAAAGCCAAGGUCAAGCAGACAGGCCAAAAGCAAAUUUCUCCAGUCAACCUGCCCAGUCUCAAAUACUACAGACUACAGACAGAAUCAAAUCACAAAAAGUGGAUGUAUGUCCAUGGGACUUUGAUGAAUUGCCAAAAAAAUCUAUAGACUCAACCUACUCCAUUGAUCAGGGCAGAACCAAAACUACAUCUGCAGAGGUCAAAACCAAAUCAAGUACAGCGGUCAUGGACGUCAAAGGCAAGGGCGCUAUCCUAACUGAGGGAAACGCAAAAGAUAUUCUUCCUGAGGCCUCAAGAUCUUCAGGAAUCUCUCUGCAGACUUCUUCGAAGGCAGACGUCUGUCCGUGGGAGUACGAAUCAACAAGCCCCACCUUGGAAAAGAUUCCCAGUCCCUCUCAGGUUUCUAAAAUGAAAGAGACUGCUGCUACUAAGAAGGGUACAGCCCCUAUGAGAACAUUCCAGAAAGAAAAAGACAAGACAAAGGGUACGGAAGACGAGAAAGCCAGAACAAAGUCAAAAGACAAGCCUCCUUCAGGUAAACCAACAGAGAGACCGCUCAGCCAACCCAAACAGGCUGAGAUUUGUCCUUGGGAUGUGGACAGUACUCAUGACACGGCUGCGGUGGAAAAACAGAAAAGUCCAAACACGGCAAUAGGGAAAACCAAGCAAGCUGCUAUAUGUCCAUGGGAUUUCGAAGAUCCAGCAACGACUAAAGAAGUGACCAGAAACACUGGUUCCUCUAUAGUGAAACAGAAAAGUCCAAAUUCGAAAGGAGCUCCUGGCGGUGCCAAAAUGGCAGAUGUAUGCCCUUGGGACUUUGAUGACCAAACGUCAACGAAAAAAGCGUGACAUUUGAUCAAUACGGACGACUGAAAACGUAGUUCCCAUCGUACAUGCAUUGCCAUCUUCUAAAACCCUGGAAUACGAACUCUAGAUAUCAUUUAUGGUGACUUCUGGGAAUAAAAUUAAGUCGCACAAGCUGCCUUUCUUUACAAUAUUUUUUUUUUUUUCCUUUGUGCUUUUUGAAAAAAAAAGGAAGAAACUAAAACAAAACAAAACAAAACAAAAAAAAUGCAACAAAAUCAUCAAGCAUUCCAGGUUCUUACAAAAAGUACUCUUUAAUCACACAAACAGUAGUAUGAGAAUUAUGCAACUCUUUAUGUGCAAUGUAGAACAACCUGCCUUUCCUCAUCACAUAUAUCCUUAUUUAUUAAUCUGAAUUUUCUUAAUCCCAUUAUAGCUGCAUCUGUAGCAUGGUCAUUUCGACUAUGUCAAUCAUAUGGGAUUGUACAAUUAAUUACACGU